AUGUCCCUUAGUCGUGCGGUCCACCUGCAGACGCAGCAGGAGGUGAAGAUGCGGAUGAUGGGGAUGGCGAUGCGUGUGAUCCGCACCGACGGCUUCCUGGCUCUCUACAAUGGGCUCAGCGCCUCGCGUCUCCUCCAGAUGACAUAUUCCUUGACUCGCUUUGCCAUCUACGAGACCGCGAGGGACCGCUUGGGCCAGGGCAGCCAGGGGCCUCCCCCCUUCUACCAGAAAGUGCUGCUGGGUGCGGUGGGAGGUUUCACCGGUGGGUUCGUGGGGACCCCGGCAGACAUGGUGAACGGCUUGAAGAAACUCUUCUCAGGAGCUACGAUGGCAUCCAGCCGAGGGGCCUUAGUCACCGUUGGGCAGCUCUCCUGUUAUGACCAGGCCAAGCAGCUGGUUCUCGCCACUGGGUUGCUGUCAGACAACAUCUUCACUCACUUCCUGGCCAGCUUCAUCGCUGGCGGAUGCGCCACAUUCCUGUGCCAGCCCCUGGACGUGCUCAAGACCCGCCUCAUGAACUCCCAGGGCGAGUACCGGGGUGUCGCCCACUGUGCCAUGGAAACUGCCAAGCUCGGCCCCCUCGCCUUCUACAAGGGAUUCGUUCCUGCUGCCAUCCGGCUCAUUCCUCACACCGUCCUCACCUUUGUCUUCUUGGAACAGCUGCGCAAAUAUUUUGGGAUCAAAGUGAUCACCUGAGUAGGAGGGACGGGACCUGCCUCGCCCCAGGGGGUGAGCGUGCGGGUCACCACUGAGAUCCUGGAACCCCU